CCCUGAGCGUGGGGCAGAGGGUGCAAGGGACAGGCGGAGAACUUCUGGCUCAGUCGGCUCUAGGUGCUGACUCCGACCACACCUCGCACCGCCAUGAGCACACAGGUGUUUCUUUUCGUGUGCGUCCUGACCGUUCUAGGGGCGGGGGUGGCGGACGGUCAGACGCCUUCAAUACCUAAGGAACUCGACCCCUCCAAGUGCCCGUCAUCCUUCCGCAGCCAACACCCACUCAUCCUGGUGUCGAUGGAUGGCUUCCGCGCCGACUACCUCAACCGGGGACUCACGCCCACCAUCCAGGCCCUGGGCGGGAAGGGGGUGCGGGCGCCCUUCAUGAAGCCCUCCUACCCCACCAUCACCUUCCCCAACCACUACACCAUCGCCACCGGGCUGUAUCCACCCUCCCACGGGAUCAUCGCCAACAAGUUCUACGACCCGGAGUUCAAGAAGGAGUUCCGGGUUAGGCGUCCGGAGUUCUUCGAGAAGAGGUGGUGGGGCGGCGAACCGAUCUGGAAAACAGCGGAGAGGCAGGGGAAGCGCGCCGCCACCUACUUCUGGCCGGGCUCGGAGACGAAGGGGAAUCGGGCCACCUACUGGUUCUUCUACAACGAGAGCAUCCCGUACAGCCAUCGGGUGGACCAGGUCCUCGAGUGGCUGGACUUGCCCUCUGAGAAGCGUCCAGACUUCAUGACUCUCUACAUGGACGAGCCAGACAGCGCCGGCCAUGACUUCGGUCCUUCUUCCAUGCAGGUUAACAACAAGCUGGCUCACGUGGACGACAUGGUGGCCAGGCUGGUGAAGGGUCUGCAGGCUCGCAAGCUGCUGGACUGCGUGAACCUCCUUAUCCUGGCGGACCACGGCAUGGCGGAGGCCGGCCAGAGCCGCGUCAUCCGCCUGGACCAGUACAUCCCCAACGUGGAGAACAGGACGAGGUUUUGGGACGGUAUCUUCGGCAGGAUGACUCCGCUGGACGGCUCGGAAAAGACGAAACAGGAGAUGCUGAACGCCCUCUCCUGCCGACGACGUGAGCUGAGGGUGUACGAGAGGACCACUUUGCCGGCCAGGUGGCACAUGGGGACGCAGCGGCGAGUGGAGGACAUCGUGGUGGACCUCGAUCCCGGCUACAGCGUGGGCGGCGACGCUUCCUUCAAGGCCGACGCUGGCGACCACGGCUACGACAACUACUUCGCCGUUAUGAAUGCCCUGUUCGUGGCUUACGGGCCGGCCUUCCGCACUGGCCUCGAGGUGGAGUCCUUCCAGAACAUCGAGCUGUACAACCUGAUGAGCCACCUGCUGGGGGUGAAGCCCGCGCCCAACAACGGCACGUGGGGCGCCCUCCACCACCUCCUGGUCAACCCGCCCCCGCUCCAGCAGCCUCGUCCCGAAUUUCCUCCUCCGGUCGCCGCGGUGCCCUCCGAGGAGGUGCUGGACUACUAUAGGCCCAAGCCGCUGUGCGAGGGGGACAUGUUCAAGGUGGUGGAGCUGCUCGACGUGCUAGAGGAGGCGCAGGAGGACGCGUACAGCCUGACGGCGAAACACCUGCCCUGGGGAACUCCGGAGAUGGGGAAGAACAAAGACUCGUCGCUCCUCCUCGUCCAGCCUGACUUCAUCAACGGGUACUCCACAAAGAUCAAGCUUCCCCUGUGGUCAAGCUUCACCAUCAAGUUCGGCAUGAUGAGCACGGCGCUGUACCCUCUGCGCAGCGACGUCCGCCUCAAGGCCCACCACCGCGCGUCCUGCAGCGAGUACGACCGUUUGGCUCACUUCGGCUUCACCCCCCGCCCUCUCUUUCCCCCCGAAUUCAACUCGAGGUAUGAGAACGAACAGCUGGGCUUCCUCACCUCCAAUAUGGCGCCCAUGUCCGCCUUCCUCGGGGCGCGCUGGCGGGAGCUGAUGGGCUUCGUGCACCACUGGGCGCGCCACUACUCCACCGUCAACGUGGUGGCGGGACCCGUGUUCGACUACGACGCCAACUCCUUCGCUGACGACCUGGGCAAUAUCAGCCGCAGCCACGGCCUCCCGCCCGUUCCCACACACAUGUUCCUGGUGGUGACGCGCUGCCUGCAGUGGGUCCACGAUCUCAGUGACUGCCCCUCCACCCACCUCGACGCCCUCGCCUUCAUCUACCCGCAGCACCUCGUCGUCUCGAACUGCCUGAGCGCCGAGAGGUUCGCGCAGGAGUUCAGUGCCAAGGUGCUGGACGUGGAGAAGAUCGCCGGCCUGCGCUUCUUCUCUCACCUGCCGUACGAGGACCAGGUGAGGCUGCGGGUGAGGAUCCACUCCAACAUCUGGGGGCGGCAGUCCUGGGCCAACAGGAUACUCCCCAGCUCCUUCCACAUGUUCAAGUAGCGAGAUAGCACGGCAGGAGACAGGCAGGCAGGCAAGGAGUAGCCAGCGGAGAUGUUCAGCAAUUUGUAUUCUUUUUUUUUUUUUACGUCUGAACCUAAAGCGCCGGUAGGCUUGCUUGAGGGGCCUGGAUGAUAGUCGGCCCCAGCCCGUCAUGGCGCAGGCAAGUGUUUAUAGUGGCGCCAUCUUCUCGGCCACCUAAUGACUGUCCGGCAGUUUCUAUUUACGAAGCCAUUCAAUAAGUCUUAGACAGUUCCCAUGUACUUAGCCAUCCAAUAAGCACUAAUAUCAGGGGGAGAGGGGAAUGAACGAACUUUUUAUCGAAAUGCGGAAUGUUUGUCAGUUUCAUUUUGAUACUUGAGGUAAAAAUCAGCUAUGGGAAAUGGAAAAGUAUUGGAAUGAACUCUUGUCGAAAUGCAGAAUGCUUAUCAAGUUUCAUUUUGAUACUGGGGGUAAAAAUCAAUUAUAGGAAAUGGAGAUGAAGUAUUGGGUUGAACUCUUACCGAAAUACGGAAUGUUUAUCAAGUUUCAUUUCGAUACUGUGAGAAAAAUCAGUUCUAGAAAAUGAAGCAUUGAAAUGAACUUUUGUCGAAAUACGGAAUAUUUUUCAUGUUUCAUUUCGACACUGGUUAAUUUUUAGUACUAAUUGGGACUGUGCGUACAAAUUGGUGGACAUGCUUAUGAUACUCCUCGACUCCUCCUGGUCCUGCUUGCCUGUGUGUGUGUGUGUGUGUGUGUGUGUGUGUGUGUGUGUGUGUGUGUGUAGUGAUAAUAGUUAUCUUAAAUAAUAUAUAUACGCUUAUGUAUAAUGUGUUUACGUGUCUUGUCGUCGUCUUGGUUCUGUAAUGGUUGUGCUGUACGUAGUCAUGAACAAGUUAGUCGUGUGUGCGUGGCUGGUUCUACGUCACGCUGGUUCUACGUCACACCAGUCGCUAAGAGAAACAUUAACCGGUACCACUGUUGCCAGAUUAUCGUACUCAGAGCCUCGUAUUCACCUGUUUCCGAGCCAUAGCUAAUGCCAAAAAAACACCAAUAAUUAACCGUUUUAACGAUAACUAAAUGAAGGCAGUUAUUGGGGUGGACAAGGCAGUUUUUGGGUUGGAAAUCGACAAACAUGGGAGGCUGAGUACGACAAUCUGGCAACGCUGAGUCGGGUACCCUCGACGCAUGGGGAUAAGUGCGCCCGAUUCUUCAAACGUAUUAAUAAUCUUUUCGUAAUAAUACUGUGGCUGAUUUGUACUUUUUAACCCGUUUUUAAGACGUUGGUAUUAUAGUUGGUUUUGUUGAAUUUUUUGCAUCGCUUUAUUUGACGAGUGAGUUUGCAAUUUGUCGACUCAAAAAAAAAAUAGCUUGGUCAUUAUGGUUGGUUUUGUUGAAUUUUUGUGCAUCACUAUUUCACGAGUGUUUGCAAUAUGUCGACUCAACCAAGCAACCAACCAACACUUCUAAUAAACUCGUCCCAAAAAUGGAAGUAAAAAGCCGUACUAGCCACAAACUGUCAAUAAGUACUACACAUACGACGUUUAAUUAAUUAGAAAAAAAAAUCUGACGUUGGACUUUUUUUUUUUUUUUGGCUAAGUUUUUUUUUGGGGGGGGGAGACUUUUUUUGGGGGAGGCUACAUUUUCUUAUUUUUUAUUUUUUUGUUACAACGGGAGUUAUUAUAUACUUACUUCCCGUCGGUGUGCCAUUUGACUUCACAUUCUGCGGUUUUAUGCGAAUUCAUAUUAUGCGAAGCCUCCCGUUUCCUCCCCGCGCCCUGACAACCGAGAGCCCGAGUUCGAUUCCCGGGCGGAGUGGAAAAAUUUGGGCGGCUUUUCCAAUGCCCUACGCCCCCGUCCACCCAGCAGUGAAUGGGUACCAGGUGUUAAUCGGGGGUUGUGUCCCGUCUGUUUCCUUCUCCUAGAAUUCCUUCCCCUGCUGUCUCUCUCCGGCAUAAUUAUGACCACAUGUUGCGCCGACUAAACGAAACUUUCCAACUUUUUCCCCGCGCCCUAAUGACCAGAAUAGGAAUGAGGGAGAAAAAAAAAAAAAAGAGUUCUAUAUUAUUCUUCAUGUGUUGUAGCUUCCGGGGAGUAUUACAAGUUUACGUUAUACAAUCCAUUGCCAGUCCACUCUGUUGCCAUUCUUUUCCUUCUUUUAGUUGUAGUAUUAUCGGGUAACUCACAAGGUCCCGUUACAUAGUCCGUUACCACCACCUGUUUCUAAUCCAUUCCCUCAUUUAGCUGUAGUGGUACGUUACGAGUAUAAUACGUGAUAGACCAGCCGCAGAAGAACAGUUGCCAGAUAGUGCCAAUGCUUUUAUUAAUAGUUUCCAUUCUCUUUUUCAUGGGUAUAUCGUCACCUACGUAAACAAACCGCUUAAGUCAUUAUUUUCUACUUUUCAGGAAAUCAGAAAAGAACUGUCAUUAUCUCACUAGGCUUAAGAUUUAGGCAGAAACGAAAAGGCCAAUUCUAGAACACUCAAUCCCUGAAUGACGAAGGCAACUGUACAAAAAUGUUAGUCGCAUGUUAAAAAAUUGAUGUAGAGAAAAACCUGAAAAUCGUUGAAAAAUGACUUAGGCAAUUAUUUUAUGAGGGUGACGAUAGAGUAUAGCCAUCUAAGGUAUAGUGAUAGUGAUGAUAGUGAUGGAAUGGCUACAAGGAAGGACGAAAGGCUUGUUGGUCCGAGUCUUGGUUUUGGUUUGGGAGUAGAAAAAAAAAGAUACCGGAUGACCCCAAAAAUGUCUGAUCAGGAUUUUUUUUUAACUUAAAGCUCGGACAUUAUAUUUUUGUAUCUGGCAUUUUAUAUAUAAUGGGCAUUUGAUAGACCUACACAGUUCAGUCUGUUAAUGCGUGUGGUGAGGAUGUCGAGGUCACCAAAAGUUUCACAUACCGUGGUAGUGCAGUGCAUAACAAUGGUGGAUCUUGCCAGGAAGUCACUCAACGGACUGUGCCUGGCCCAAGGUGUUAUGGACUCGCUCAAUAUGACUCGUUAUCGAUAUCUAUGCAGGCGGACAGAUAUUAGAAUCGUCGUCUCUUGUGCUUCCUAUCUUACUCUGUGGCUGUGAAACAUGGUCACUAAAUAGUUACUUGGUGAGGUGUGUCGAUGCCUGUGGUACCAAGUGUCUUCGCAGGAUCGUAGGGUAUCGCUGUAGUGACCGUGUGGCGCUAUCUGGCAUUUACUUCGCUAUUGUUGCCAUCGUCGUCGCAAUGAUGUGCCUCCGUGGGCGUGGCGGCGGCACCGAAGCAAUGCGACAAGGCUGAGGGUGCUGAGAGCCUCGACUAGUUUAUUAUUAUUUUUUUCAGCACAAAGCACUUCUUCAUGUUACCAAGGUUGUUUGUGUAUUUUGUUUCCUUUUUACGGCUUGUGUGUGCGUGUGUGUGUGUGUGUGUGUGUGUGUGUGUGUGUGUGUGUAUUUACCUAGUUGUAUUUACCUAGUUGUAGUUUUAUAGGGCCUGGCCUUACGCUCGUGUGGUCCCGUCUCCGUAUUUGUAUUUGUCCAACUUUUCCUUGUGUGUGUGUGUGUGUGUGUGUGUGUUUAUGUGAUAUCCAUGGAGUGCUGUCGACCCUGUGUUCCAAUAAAAUGAUCAUGUUACCAUCUUUAAAACA